AUGGCGUCCCAAGUUCCUCACGUCUUGCCUCGCGCUGCCACAGUCCACUCUGCGACUGAACUCAUCGGCAACACCCCUCUUGUCCGACUCAACAAGAUCCCCCAGUCUCUGGGUAUCGAGUGCGAUGUCUACGUUAAGCCUGAGCUUUUCAGCGCUGGUGGUAGCGUCAAGGAUAGAAUCGCUCUGCGCAUGAUUGAGGAGGCUGAGAAGAGUGGUAGAAUUAAGCCCGGUGAUACUCUGAUCGAGCCCACCAGUGGAAACACCGGUAUCGGUCUGGCUCUCGUCGGUGCCAUCAAGGGCUACAAGACCAUCAUUACUCUCCCCGAAAAGAUGUCGGCCGAAAAGGUUUCCGUCCUCCGUGCCCUUGGCGCCACCAUUAUCCGUACUCCUACACAGGCUGCUUGGGACGCCCCCGAGUCUCACAUCGGUGUCGCUCGACGCCUCGAAAAGGAGCUUCCCAACGCCCACAUCCUCGACCAGUACAGCAACGUGGACAACCCCAACGCUCACGAGUUCGGUACCGCCCAGGAGAUCUGGGAGCAGACUGGUGGUCAAAUCACUGCUCUUGUUGCUGGUGCUGGCACUGGUGGUACCAUCACUGGUAUUGCUCGCGGUCUCAAGAAGCACAACCAGGACAUCAAGGUCAUCGCUGCCGAUCCUCACGGAAGUAUCCUUGCUCUGCCCGAGAUCCUCAACCAGGACCACGUCAACGAAGGUUACAAGGUGGAGGGUAUUGGAUACGACUUUAUUCCUGACGUCCUCGACCAGCACAUCGUCGAUAAGUGGUACAAGACCGAUGACCGACAGUCUUUCCACCUUGCUCGCCGACUCAUCUCCGAGGAGGGUCUCCUUGUCGGUGGUAGCUCUGGUUCCGCCAUGGCCGCCAUGCUUCUCGCCGUCAAGGAGUACGGCUUCAAGAAGGGUGAUGUUGUCGUUGUUGUCCUUCCCGACAGCAUCCGAAGCUACCUCUCUAAGUUCGCCGACGACGACUGGCUCGCCGCCAACAACCUCCUCCCCGUGAACGGAGUCGAGUCGACCGUCAACGGCAAUGGCGACAAGAAGAGCUCUGACCCUUACGAGGGCGCCACCAUUGCUGCUCUGCGUCUCAAGCCCGUCACAUCCGUCGGUGCCACCUCUACCUGCUCCGAGGCCAUCGAGACCAUGCGCGACAAGGGAUUCGACCAGCUCCCCGUCCUCUCCGCCAGCGGAACCAAGCUCGUCGGUCUCGUCACCCUGGGUAACCUCCUGAGCUACAUCUCCAGCGGCCGCGCCACUGCCCAGAGCCCCGUGUCCGACGUCAUGUUCGACUUUGCCCGUCUCGAUGAGAUCGUCACCGACCCUCGCGAGUUUGCUUCUCCCAUCAACCCCGGCAAGCGCAGGCAGUUUGUCGAGAUCACAAAGGACACACCCCUCACCACCCUCAGCAAGUUCUUUGAGUGGAACAGUGCUGCCGUUGUGACUGAAAAGUCCGACGACUCCAAGUCUCUGUCCCAGCCCAUUGCUAUCGUCACAAAGGUUGAUCUCCUCACAUGGAUGGUCAACAAGAAGUUGUAG